CUAAUUGAUCACUGUUUGGAACAGUUGCAGUCCCAGUGUGGCGAUGGCCCCAAUGCGCCCAUCAGUACGACACCGUUAUUGAGGCAAUGGUUAGCCAUAUGUUUGGGUCAUAUUUGGGAGAACAAUGAGAGCGCCCGUUGGAUCGGCACUCGAAAUACUGCUCACGAAAAGCUGUUUGUAUUGUUGGACGACCCGGUGCCUGAAGUAAGGGCUGCGGCGGUCUAUGCUUUGGGAACGUUCAUCAAUAGCGCAAUCGAUAGGACAGAUCACGCCAAUGCUUUAGAUCACAACAUUGCCAUCACUUUAAUCAACAAAGUCUUGAACGACAGCUCACCACUAGUUCGCAAAGAACUGUUAGUAGCGCUCCAUUGGUUGGUCUUAAUCUUUGAGUCCUGUUUUGCGGCAAUAAUUUACCACAAGUUAGAAGAGGAGAGAAUGAAAGAAUUGGUCCAAAACUCACAGAUGUCUGCCUCUAACAUAGAGAACUCGUUGAAUGUGGGAACUCCACCACAAGGACUGCGCAAAGUGGCGUCGCGCGACCGCUUGUCCGCCAUCGCCAUUAAUAAGUUCCUAAGUGUUCCCAUUUCGAUAACACCUAAUUCACAACAAACCUUUGGGUACAUUCCUGGGGAAGCAGUCACUCCACCAAACUAUUCAAACACACAGAACAUUGCCAUGAAAAGAGUCAACUCUUCCAAUUCACUGCAUAACUAUCAGACUAACUCCGGCGCCAUAUCGGGCUCUGCCAUCCCUAAUGUCUUCUCGACCAUAUGGAAGGCCAUCACCGCCUAUGCAAACGACCCCUUCCCAGAAGUGGCAACAAUGGCUCAAACAGUGAUCGACGAGAUGAAGGCUCGUAUUUGUCAGCCGUCGACGACAUACGACUCACUCAAAGAGUCGCAUUCAGAACAGUCCUUAUCUGAGCCCAAUUCGCCUAAUAAUUUGCAGUCAUAUAUGAGUGAAUCUCCGACUUCUAAUGCCGGCCACACGUCUCGAAACACUACUCCCAUCAGAGAAAGUCUAAACACUUCCAACAGAAUGAAUAUGAGUUCCCCAUUCCCUCAUAUGCAACACUACAAGUAUACCACCAAACGAUACAUCUUUGGUCGAGAGCCAAGUGUUUCCGACAAAAGUCAAGACGGAAACACCGACGAGACGUCUAUCUGUCCGCGCCAUCCACUCAUCAGUACUUCAUUUAUCGAGUGGUGUACCAAACACUUCAGUCAACCCUAUGCUUCAAAUAUGAAUUACACUGAAAGCACGGACUUUGAAAGAAUGGAAAACAACUCGAAACCGAAAUAUAGAGGAAAGUGCGAGAAAUGA